AUGGUUCAAAUUCCGAAUACGCCGACGUUGGUGGCCGAGGAAAAUGUCGACCACAAGAAACGUGUCAAAUUCCAACCGACGGCUCAAGAGUCUUUCGCUAUGGAGCACGUUGUUCAUCAGGUUCCGAAUCCGGAGCCACGUCUUCGUGGGCCUGCAAUUAAGGAUAAAUCGGAGAAUAAUGCGAGAAAGGAUCGACUUCCGGUUCAGGGAGAAUAUUUUGAUAAUGAUAAGGGGGAUCGAUUCUUUUUCCGUCAUAAAUUGGGAGAUGGUGCCAUGGGACACGUCUUUUUGAGUGUCUUUGGUGGAAGAACCGUCGCCAUCAAAACCGAGAAGUAUUCGACUGGAAUGCUUCCGAUGGAGAUCAAAGUGCUUCUAAGCAUCAAACGUCAUCAGGGAUAUCACUUCUGUGACAUCAUUGAUUAUGGAACUAUCCGUCGUGAAUACAACUACAUGGUGAUCAGUCUCCUCGGAAAAGAUCUCUAUCGUCUUCGUUCUGAGCAACCAUCUCGUUCAUUCACUCUCAAUACGACAACUAAAAUCGCAUUGGAGACGAUUGAUGCCAUCGAUGAACUCCAUAAGAUUGGAUAUCUGAGUCGUGACGUCAAGCCGAGUAACUUCGCUCCAGGAAUGCGUGAACACGGUCAACACAAGACAAUCUACAUGUUUGAUUUCGGACUUGCGAAGAAGUAUGUUGACAGAGAUAACAGAAAAAUGAAGUCUCGUGGAGAGGUCGGAUGGAGAGGAACCGUUCGUUACGGAAGUCUUCAGGCACACAAAAGAAUGGAUUUGGGAAGACGUGAUGACGUCGAAUGCUGGUUUUAUAUGCUGAUUGAGAUGUAUGUUGGAGAGUUGCCAUGGCGUCAUAUGACUGAUCGUACGCUGGUUGGACAGGCGAAGCUCUCAGUCAGAAAUGAGUCUCGUCAGACAUUCUUCAAUCGUAUUCCUAGACAAUUCGAGAGAAUUAUGGAUAUGAUUGAUGCAUAUUCUUUCGAGGUCCGGCCAGACUAUCCUCAUUUGAAGGCACUCAUCAAUGAGAUCCGCAUCGAGAACAACAUCCCAGACCGUUGCAAAUGGGAUUGGCAAGUUGAGGAAUCUCAACACUCCGAGCUCACCGAGACAACUUCUGUCAUGUCGGAUAUGGCGAUUAUGGCUGAGCAAGGAGGCACUAACUACACCGAUCGUGCUUGCGAGAAUCAAUAG